GUAUUUGUACAAAUAUGCAGCUGCAAGUGAGGUUGGCAGAAUACUUGGCGGCUCGCGGAGUUGUCCGACACAAGGGAGAGCACGCAGCGAGCGGCAACUAAAAUGGAGGCGUCUGGGAAACACGGUGGAUGCAAAAAAGUGAAAACUAAAGCCGACGAAAAUUCUUCUGUCACCCAAGCAUUCAGGGUAUUUCAAGUGGAACUGGACUUGCGUCAUGAUAAGUAUGAGCGUAUCGUGAAACUGAGCAGGGACAUCACAGUUGAGAGCAAACGCAUCAUCUUAUCUACUCUGCCAACUAAUGCAGAAUUUGCAAGCAUGACAGAUAACAAUGCUUCUGGUGCAACAGAAUCAGCAUUGGGGUCCAGCAUCACAGGUGCUGCUAGCAAAAGGAAAACACCUAAUACAGAUGAUGGAGCAUCAGAAGAAUAUGAUAACCAAUGUGACUUUUCUAUACCAUCACAUCCCACUAGUCCAGACAAGGCCAUGAGUCUAGAGCAGACUGGUAGCACACAAAAACCUUUGAUGGUGACAGUACCCAUCCUUGACUUCAUUUUGGGCAUUACAGACUUGACGGGAGAGCUGAUGCGCAGUGCCAUCAUGAGUGUCAGCGAAGGUGACUUGGAUUUUCCUGUUGCCAUCUGCAGUUUUAUGCACCUUAUCAACACAGCUUUUGUCUCUUUUGGCAAUGUGUCAUGGGAACUGAACCGCAAGUUAACUGUCCUGCAUCAGAGUUUAGAGAAGGUGGAGAAUGCCUGCUGCACACUUAGAGUGCGGGCAGAGAUUCCUAAACACAUGCUAGCCAGUGUCUUCUCAGGUCCUGCUAGGGAGGGACACAUUGUAGAAGAAGAUGGUUGUUUUGAUUAAAAACAAACACAGA